AUGGAGUACGGAAGUAGAGGAGGAGGAGGAGGGGGAGGAAGUGGGUCCGUUGGGGACCACGAUUCCUCCGAGAACCAGAGGAGGAAGAAGCGCUACCACCGCCACACAGCCUACCAGAUUCAGAGCCUCGAAGGAAUGUUCAAGGAGUGCCCACACCCAGAUGAGAAGCAGAGGUUGCAGUUAAGCAGGGAGUUGGGUUUGGCUCCUCGACAGAUAAAAUUUUGGUUCCAAAACAGGAGGACCCAGAUGAAGGCCCAACACGAACGAGCAGAUAACUGUGCACUUCGGGCAGAGAACGACAAGAUCCGAUGCGAGAAUAUAGCAAUCAGAGAGGCAUUGAAAAAUGUGAUCUGCCCGUCUUGUGGAGUAACUCCGGUGACUGAAGACUGCUAUUUCGAUGAACAUAAAUUGCGAAUGGAGAACGCCCAAUUGAAGGAAGAGCUUGAUAGAGUCUCUAGCAUUGCUGCAAAAUACAUAGGGAGACCAAUUUCGCAACUCCCUCCUGUACAACCUUUGCAUAUGUCUUCGUUAGAUUUGUCGAUGGGGAGUUUCGGUGGCCAUGGAUUUGGUGGUCCUUCUCUUGAUCUUGAUCUUCUACCAGGAAGUUCUUCAAGUCUACCAAAUUUGCCCUUCCAACCAAUUAGAAUAUCAGACAUGGAUAAGUCCCUCAUGACUGAUGUUGCUGCCAACGCUAUGGAAGAAUUGCUCAGGCUCUUGCAAACCAAUGAACCUCUGUGGAUGAAGUCGAGCACUGAUGGGAGAGAUGUUCUUAAUCUUGAAAGCUAUGAGAGGAUGUUCCCUAGACCCAAUAGUCAUUUGAAAAACCCAAAUGUAAGGAUAGAAACAUCAAGGGAUUCUGGUGUUGUAAUCAUGAAUGCUUUGGCCUUAGUUGAUAUGUUCAUGGACCCUAACAAGUGGGUGGAGCUUUUCCCUGCAAUUGUAUCUGUUGCAAAGACAAUGGAAGUUGUAUCACCUGGAGUAUUGGGUAGCCUCAGUGGUUCUUUGCAACUGAUGUAUGAAGAGUUGCAGGCGCUUUCACCACUCGUGCCGACCCGGGAAUUCUACGUUCUCCGUUACUGUCAGCAAAUUGAGCAAGGCUUGUGGGCUAUUGUUAAUAUCUCUUAUGAUUUUCCCCAGCUUGCAUCGCAAUGUCGAUCACAUAAGCUGCCUUCAGGAUGCUUGAUUCAGGACAUGCCUAACGGGUACUCCAAGGUAACUUGGGUGGAACAUGUGGAAGUAGAAGAGAAAACCCCUAUUCAUCAGCUUUACAAGGAUCUCAUUCACAGUGGCUUGGCAUUUGGGGCAGAAAGGUGGCUUGCCACUCUUCAGAGGACGUGUGAAAGAUUGGCUUGUCUUAUGGCGUCGAGCAAUUCGACCCUAAAUCUUGGAGGAGUAAUUCCAUCACCGGAUGGCAAGAGAAGCAUGAGGAAACUUUGUCAGAGGAUGGUGUCCAAUUUCUGUGCUUGUGUGAGCACAUCAACCAGCCACCGAUGGACUACACUUUCCGGAGUGAAUGAGGGCGGAGUUCGAGUUACCCUUCAGAAGAGCACAGAUCCUGGCCAACCAAAUGGUGUAGUCCUCAGCGCAUCGACCACAUUUUGGCUUGCAGUUUCUCCACAAAAUGUCUUCAACUUUUUCAAGGAUGAAAGAACACGAACUCAUUGGGAUGUCCUGUCUAAUGGCAAUCCAGUGCAAGAGGUCGCUCACAUUGCUAAUGGUUCACAUCCUGGGAACUGUAUAUCAGUUCUUCGAGCCUUGAAUACCAGCCAGAACAAUACUUUGAUACUUCAAGAGAGCUGCAUAGACCAAUCUGGUGCACUUGUGGUCUACUGUCCAGUUGAACUACCUUAUAUAAACAUUGCAAUGAGUGGUGAGGAUCCUUCUUGCAUCCCUUUACUGCCAUCUGGUUUCACCAUAUCACCUGACGGUCGUUACGACCAUGGUGGUGGUGCCUCAACAAGCGCAAGCACUCAAGGAAACAUGGCUAGGUCUGCGGGUUCACUCAUGACGGUAGCGUUUCAGAUAUUAGUAAGCAACUUGCCAUCAGCUAAGCUAAACUUGGAGUCAGUGACCACUGUCAAUAACCUUAUCAGCACCACUGUCCACCAUAUUAAGACAGCCUUGAAUUGUCCUAGUUCCUGAUGAUAUCCUGGCUUCAAUACACAACUGUGUUUCUACUAUCCUUAAAUUCAGAGAGCAGAGAAAAUUCAGAGGGUCUCUCUCUCUCUCUCUCUCUGGUGCUGCUGGAAUUGAAUGUGGGUUUGAGAAGGUAUUAUUGGGUUGGUUGGGAAUUUGAAUGCCCUCUCAUCAAGAGCCUGAGGACCUGCUUAUUAACUGCUGCUGCUGCUACUUCUGUUUUGUGCUGCCAAACCUCAUUACACUCCACACCAACUUAAUUCUUGCUGUUUUUAAUUCUUGACAAGGAGGGUUUUUUUUUUUUUGGGAAAAUUAGUAUAUCUAGAGAGGGAGUCAAGAACGCACCACACAUGGCUUUCCUUGGUGGGUCAAGUAAACUGUGUGGUUCGGGUAUUGACUUCUGUUCAUGAACUUCUAUUAUUACUAAUCUUUCAAUUCUACUGUUUAAUUUAUCUUAUUUAUUAGUA